GGAGAAAGGAGCCGUUCGCCGGCGAGUCGGGCUAGAUCGGCUGCGCGGGGAGGCGGCGAAGAGGGGCGCGCGUGAAGCGAAGGGGCUCUCCGCCCGCUGGCCCCGGCUGCAGCAGCAGCAGCAGCAGCGCCCUCGACGGCAGCCCGGGACGCCCGCGCGAGUGAGCCAGAGGCGGGCGCUGCGCCGAGCGGCGGCGGCGGCUCUGCUCCUGCCGCUGCUGCUGCUGCGCGCCUGCCAGGCGGGUGCAUGUCUGCUCCUGGCCAUGUCGUAUCCUCAGGGCUACUUGUACCAGCCGUCGGCUUCCUUGGCUCUCUACUCCUGCCCGGCGUACAGCACCAGCGUGAUCUCCGGCCCCAGGACGGAUGAGCUGGGCAGAUCGUCCUCCGGCUCGGCUUUUUCUCCCUACGCCGGCUCCACCGCCUUCAGCGCCCCGUCGCCCGGUUACAACUCCCACCUCCAGUACGGCACUGACCCGGCGGCGGCAGCGGCGGCCGCUUUCUCCUCUUACGUGGGGUCACCCUACGACCACACCCCCGGCAUGGCCGGCUCCCUGGGCUACCACCCUUACGCGGCUCCCUUGGGAUCGUACCCCUACGGCGACCCGGCCUAUCGGAAGAACGCCACUCGGGAUGCCACGGCCACCCUCAAGGCCUGGCUGAACGAGCACCGGAAGAACCCGUACCCCACCAAGGGCGAGAAGAUCAUGCUGGCCAUCAUCACCAAGAUGACCCUCACGCAGGUCUCCACCUGGUUCGCCAACGCCCGGCGGCGCCUCAAGAAGGAGAACAAGAUGACCUGGACGCCCCGGAACCGGAGCGAAGACGAGGAAGAGGAGGAAAACAUCGACCUGGAGAAGAACGACGAGGAGGAGCCUCAGAAGCUGGAGGAGAAGGGCGACCCGGAGGCCACGGAGACAGGUGGAGGAGACCCGAAGGGCGCCGCGUCGGGGAAAGAGGCAGACGGCGCCUUGAGCGACUCGGACUGCAAAGACGCCCCUCCGCAGGACGCCCUCCCCAAGGGAGCGCCCGUCGCCUCGCCGCCCUUGGCCCACUGCGUCUCCGGCCGCCUGCUGCUCCAGGCUCACCCGCAGCAGCAGCAGCAGCAGCAGCUGCUGCACCCGGCCGGAGGCGAGGACCCCCAGCCUCCUCCGCACCCUCUGCCAGCCCAGUACAGACCCCCUUCGGCGGAGCUGCACCCCAUCCUGCCCCCGAACCACGGGACCUCGGUCAUCCACUCGCCCCAGGCGCCUCCGGCCACGGCGGCCGCCCUCUCCAAGCCCAAACUGUGGUCGCUGGCGGAGAUCGCCACCUCAGCGGACAAAGCCAAGGAGGACAGCGGCCAGGCGGCGCCUCCGCAGGCCCCCCCCGGCUUGAACGGGGCCGGCGCCGCGGCCCCAUCCCCGACGGCGCGCUCCCCUUCGGCGACCUGCCCUUUCCCCAACAGCGCCUCUGUCCUCUCGAGGCCCCUCUACUACGCCACCAGCCCCUUUUACCCGGGUUACACGAACUACGCCUCUUUCGGACACCUCCACAGCAACGCUUCGACGGCGGCGGGCACCCCCAGCCCCCACUUUAACGGAUUAAACCAGACUAUUUUGAACAGAGCGGAAGCCUUGGCUAAAGAGACUAAGACCCUGCGAAGCCAGUCUCAGCUCGAGCUUUGCAAAGACUCGCCUUACGAGGUGAAGAAAGGUACGUCCCAUAUUUAAUCUUGAGCUUCUUCCGAGCCUAACUCCUCUCUGCGAUCCAUUGAUGGGACUCCUUGGUUGGUUGGUUGGUUGGUUGGUUUUGGUUUGUUGGUGGUUUCUUUCCUCCUUUCUUCCGCUCCUUGUUUGUGGGGGUUUACCAUUUUGUUGUUGUUGCUGGGGUUUUCCCCUCCGAAAAUUAUUUAUUUACAACCAAUUCAGUCUUGACGAUUUUGGCAGGGUAUUUUUUUAAAAAGGAA